AGAGUUUUGAUCGCAUGAAAAAUUGGAAGAUUUUUCUUUUUCUCGAAAAUCUGUAGACUACGUCACGAGUAAAUACACAAAUAAUGGCGCUGUCGUCUGCCGGGAAUAGCAGAGUCUCUGACUAUUGAUUAAUCUCUAGUUCAGUCCAAGUUUUGGAGUACCAUACACGGAGCGCGCUUCGUUAUACAGGAUUAUUAGCGUCGCUUUAAUGAAAAUGUGAGGAUUUGUUUCGUAAAUCAAAAGAUUUUUAUGAUUUCAAUCUGAAGUUUUAUUAAUUUUUGGUGAAAAAAUGAAGUCCGUGGAAAUACACCCCGCACAUGAAAGUUAUCAUACAAUAACAGCUGGGUCUGUAGCAGGGAUCUGCAUUGGUGCCAUUGUUUUCCUGAUUGGAAUAAGUAUCAUAGGUUACAGGUGUUACCAAAGAAGAAGGGCCAGGAAUGUACAAAACAGACUAUCGUAUGCCAUUAAAAAGGGGCUGAAAGAAUCAGCCAAUGGACGAAGAAGCAGUUCAUCAGUCAAAAGUACACCUCUAAAGCAACACAGAGCGACCAGUCCCAUUAUGCCACCGCAAGACAGUUUAUUAGACCGCUCAUUGGAACAGGGGUGCAACAUGCCUCCGGAGAAGGGACAUGGUCAAUCGUUUCCUGAUCAAUCGUUUGAUGAAAAUGAGAAAGAGUCCGUAACGACACCAAGUGAGAAAGAUAUAAGUCUAAGAGAAAGACAGAUAGACGAGAAACAGAGACUAGGGAUAUUAUAUUUUUCUGUAGAAUAUGAUGAGCAGAAUACCGCCCUUCUGGUUACGAUUGUUAGAGCCAGUGACUUGCCUCCGCGAGAUCCGAGCUUAGGAGGAUGCGAUCCUUAUAUAAAACUACAACUCCUUCCUGACAAGAAACACAAAUGCAAAACCAGAGUUUUGCGUAAAACCCAGCACCCUGCGUAUGACGAAACGUUUACUUUUUACGGCAUCAGUAAAAAUCAAAUUCCAGGCAUCACCCUUCACUUUGUUAUUUUGAGUUUUGACCGUUUUUCCCGCGAUGAGAUAAUUGGAGAGGUUGUGUACCCGUUGACGGACGUCAGCACAGAGCAAAAGGAGCUCCUCCUUUUCAAAGAAAUUAAUCCCAGACACUUAAAGUUCAGAGCCCAGGGUCGUGGAGAGUUGUUGAUUUCACUCUGCUACCAGCCAGCGGCCAAUCGAUUGACAGUAGUGGUGCUGAAGGCAAGAAACCUUCCCAAGAUGGACAUCACUGGACUUUCAGAUCCCAUAGUGAAGAUAUAUCUUCUGUACAAUAACCAGAGAAUUGCCAAAAAGAAAACACAUGUCAAGAAACGGACUUUAAAUCCAGUUUUCAACGAGUCGUUUCUGUUUGACAUUCCCUACAAUGAGGGCUUACAAAAUAUCAGCAUGGAGUUCCUCGUCAUGGACUGGGACCGGAUGACUAAAAAUGAAGUGAUCGGCCGACUUGAAAUUGGCGGACGGAGCUGUGGUCAAGAGAUACAUCACUGGAACGAGGUCAUGAACUGUCCAAGAAAACAGAUUGCUGAAUGGCAUAAAUUACGAGAGUGACAACAGAAUGACACAAAAACACAUAAACACGAGAGAUGAAGAUGUUAGCUGGUUUAUACUGUUGUCAUCCCUAGUCUUCAAGGAAUUGGAAUCGACAGGACUUAUUUUCGUUUUAGUUUUAAAUUCGUUAACCUGGAAGCAAAAUUCAGUGCUUAACUUAAAAUUUGUUAGGAUUUUGGUGCAUGAUUUUAGAAUUAACAGAAACAGUUGAUAUACUAGAAUGGAGAUACUGAAAAGUACAACUCAGUUCAAAGUCGGGGAUCAGUGCACUCGAUAUCAAAACGUAUUUUUUGUGUAUAGUGUCUGUAUACUUUUACAAUCUGUUAAUUAACUCUUGUGUGAAUAACAAUGCUUGUCAAAUUAUAACAAUGGUUACAAACAAUUUUAAAAUGUUGUAUGAUAUGGCGACGUAUAACAAUCAGAUUGAUCAAAUGGUUAUUGUACAUUGUGUUAACAGUAUUUUCGUAAAUGUGAAGGGAAAUAAAAAAUGUUAGCGGA